GCCUGAUUUCGUUCCCUGCAGCAGGGACUUGGGAGUGCCUAUGUCGUCGUUUUCACCCUUCCCCCCACCCCGUUAUACGUGUUUUUUAAUGCUUUUUGCAAAUAAUAAUUUGGAAUUUAUAGAUUCCUGAAAAUCGUUAUUUUCAAAUCGUUGUUUCAAAGCUUAAGAUUUUUUAACCGGAAGAGAGAGCCAGCCUAGGCCCACACCGGAGGAAGAGGCAGGCGGAUCUCUUGAUUUCGAGAACAGCCUGAACUACACAGGGAGUUCAGACUAGGCAGGCCUUAAUAGCAGAGACCAUGAAUCAAAAAGUGGUUUUUUUUUUUUUUUUGGUAGUUUGUUUGACCUACUUGUGGUUGGUAGUGAGAUAGACUGCUUAUUGGUAAUGGGGGCAACAUUUGAGGACUCGAGGUGUUCUGAAAUCUCAGCCUCGUUGAACGUGUCUGCGUUGGACAGAAACGGUCAUUUCAGGUCAAUGAUGAGCUGGCAUGUAUUCUGAAUCUAAAGUUGAUUAUUAACCACUUUAGCUCUAGAAUUACUCUGAGACCUGAAAAUGCCGGGCACACAUUUGAGGAUGGGUUGUUUAAGGACGAUGAAAGCAACGUAAAGAAAAAACCUUACGCGCAUGUUAAACGUGUAUAUGAAGGGUCAGACUGUGAGUAAUGAAAUUUCUGCUUGUUUAAUUCAAGGGUACACCGCAGAAGGAUGUCACCAUCAAGUCAGACGCUCCUGACACCCUGUUACUGGAGAAGCAUGCCGAUUACAUUGCCUCCUAUGGUUCCAAGAAAGAUGAUUAUGAGUACUGUAUGUCUGAGUACUUGAGGAUGAGCGGCAUCUACUGGGGUUUGACGGUGAUGGACCUCAUGGGACAGCUUCAUCGCAUGAACAGAGAGGAAAUCCUGGUGUUUAUCAAGUCGUGCCAGCAUGAGUGUGGGGGCAUAAGUGCGAGCAUUGGACACGAUCCGCAUCUUCUCUACACUCUCAGUGCUGUCCAGAUUCUCACGCUGUAUGACAGCAUCAACGUCAUCGACGUGGAUAAGGUUGUGGCCUAUGUUCAGAGUCUGCAGAAGGAGGAUGGUUCGUUUGCUGGAGACAUUUGGGGAGAAGUUGACACCAGAUUCUCAUUUUGUGCAGUGGCAACUUUGGCUCUUUUGGGCAAGCUUGAUGCUAUUAAUGUGGAAAAGGCGAUUGAAUUUGUUUUGGCCUGUAUGAACUUUGAUGGUGGAUUUGGGUGCAGACCGGGCUCCGAAUCUCAUGCUGGGCAGAUCUAUUGUUGCACAGGAUUCCUGGCGAUAACCAGUCAGUUGCAUCAAGUGAACUCUGACCUACUUGGUUGGUGGCUCUGUGAACGACAGCUGCCCUCAGGCGGACUCAAUGGAAGACCCGAGAAGUUACCGGAUGUGUGCUAUUCCUGGUGGGUUUUGGCCUCCUUGAAGAUAAUUGGGAGGCUUCAUUGGAUUGACAGAGAAAAGCUGCGCAGCUUCAUCUUAGCAUGUCAAGAUGAAGAGACUGGAGGCUUUGCUGACAGACCAGGAGAUAUGGUGGAUCCUUUUCAUACCUUGUUUGGCAUUGCUGGAUUGUCGCUUCUGGGAGAAGAACAAAUUAAACCUGUUAGUCCUGUCUUCUGCAUGCCUGAAGAAGUGCUUCAGAGGGUCAAUGUCCAGCCUGAACUAGUGAGCUAGAGUCAGACAGGCACAGGAAGAUGUGUGCAAUCGAACCUAGAAGUGGCUGUUAAUAUUGUAUAUCAUGUUAAUGCAAUCGUAUAAUUAUAUGUAGUAUAAAAUACAUUGUAUUUAGAUCUUCUGUGGUGUCCAAACAUUAGUUUUUGUCUACUUGAAAUUUGAUGUCUUCAUAACAGCAAGCUUAAGAGCUGGUAUUUAAUUGAUGCUUCCCCAUGUCCUGUUGAUCUGUAAUGAUUGUGAUGGAAAAUGAUUUUUGUUAAUACGAGUGAGCAAAACUCAUGAUUUAAAUAAAAGAUGCACAAAAUGUUGA